AUGGCGGCCGAGCCUAACCAGCCCAGGUCGUCUCUCGAGGACGAGCAUCUCGAGCAAGACGGCCUUCUCGAGAAGUCGAUCGCGUUGGUGCGCACAGAUGCUCGACACAGCCGGCGGCUCCAAGCUCUUUCGGCGCUAUGGUGGCUCUCUAAUGUUCUGCUGGGCAUAGCUCUCGUCUACCUGUUAUACGAACGCUCUGCAGAUGGAAGGCCGCCAAAGCGAGAUACCGAAAUCGCGGGCGACGUUAAUCACAUCUGGCCAUCGCUGUCCAAAGAAGUCGUAACAUUCCAACCCGACAACCGCUACGUGGGCAACCUCACCUCGCCCACCUUCAAAGCCGGGACUCAUGAUCUCUGGCUCGAUCUCGUGCCCAAAGGCCUGGGGUUCAUUGAAGUUCCGGAUCCACUAGCACACCCCGAACUGCCUCCACCGUACAUCAAGUAUAACAAGCCCGUCUACACUACCUCAGUCACUCACCAACUCCAUUGUCUGUACAUGAUCAUGAUGGGCUUUAACGAGCUCGCAACGAACCACGGACAGUUCGUCAUGAACAUGGACAGUGGUGGGGAGCACGACGAAGGGCUGACUAGGGAAGGCGAGGAUCCGGCGGACCACCUGAGUCACUGCUUUGACUAUAUCAGACAGGCGAUCAUGUGCCACGGAGACACGGCGUUAGAGGGCCUGCAAACGACCUUUGGGCCGGAUGUGGGAGGUAGUGAUGGCUGGAAUGUGAAUCAUGUCUGCAAAAGCUGGGAUGAGGUGUAUGGGUGGUUGGAGGACAACAGGAUUGAUGAUCGGGUAUGGAUCUAA